AUGUCAAACCCAAAUUCCAUCCAGUCCCUCAGCGAUCGAGUGAAAGACUCAUCUCAACAAACGAACCAGUCUCCAUUACCCGGUCAACAGCCUAGCCAAAUCCCUAUCCCCAACUCCGCUACCCCCAAGUCCAUACCCCAGCCGUUAGGCAAAGAGAAUAGGCCGACGGGCAAUCUCAACCCCGCACCCAAAGGGAACGAAACUACGUCUACCAAGACGGCAGAGCCGGAUCCAGCCCUUCAGAGCUCGGUAACCAGGUCAACGCUAAAAAACCCUAUAGCAGAGAUCACAGAGGAAAGCAACGAGUCCCCAUCUCAAUCCAGAUCAACGAACGCUAGAGCGAAAGAGAUACUCCUAGCCAAAGCCGUGAAGGCCCAAGAGGAUGGCGACGACGCCAAGGCAGAUCGAUUCUUCGCGAUGUUCGACACUCUAUCGAAGGAGUCCCCCCAACCUACGAACGAGAAGAAGACCCCUUCUACAACCCAUACCUCCUCAGACCCCCCUCCCACCAAUAAGAAAAGACCGAUCGAGUCGGAAGGCACAACACAAGUCCGCGGCAUCAAGUUCAUCUGGGCGAACACUAACUCGCACGAUGAUGGAGGAUUCACACCCUAUUUCCACAAGAAUUUGCUCGAGCUAAAAGGACCGAUCCCCCUAACGAUUUUCAACAAGACUUGGCAAGAAGAAGCCUUAUCUCACCACUCAAAAAACAGACCCAAAUCUGAAGAGUCCUCGGCCGAAAAGAACCUCCGCUACCACGGCCUAGCCGUCCCAGACGAAUGGCUCCAAUCUUUUUCCGAUUGGACGCUCAAUCAUCAAUGCUUUUACGAGACGAUCCGCGAUAGAUACAACUACCCGGUCCUCGCUGAAUGGAUCCUCCUGCACAAGGCCAACUGCGAUCGGCUGCAGAAAAAACAUGGUUUCAUGGUAGCUCUGCGCUAUGACAUUAGGAUCAGAAACAACGCCUUCGCUUUCCGCGUUGAGAAGGACGGGGAAGAAUCAUUCUCGAAUAUAUCCCUCUUCAAACCAGAGACGGCGGACGACGCUCACUCCGAAUCCAGGAACUUCAAUGAACUCGGAGUAAGAGAUAACCCAUACGCACUAGGCGGUCCCCGAUACGGAUGGGACCCACACACAGGCCAAAAGCAAACGAAAUCUGCAACAUCGACCACGCCAAACAACAACACCGGCAGCGGUAAAGCCCCCCUCGCCGGGCCCUCCCAGCUGCUGUCCCAAACCCCCACAAACUCCCUCCCCCCAAGACCGGAUCAAAAUAGACCGCCUAGAACCUCAGGAUACAAAGGCAGGAAUUACAACCCCAACCAUGGAUCAGCUACCAGACGACGCGGCAACGAGUAG